GCGGGUCGGUCGAGUUCAAGUUGAAUUAAAUACAAAUAGUCGGCGGCAACGCAUUCGAGGCGCGUGGCCAAGACGUGCAUUCCCGUCGUUGCGUUUAUAAUUGGCUUAAAAGCGUGCAUACAUACGAGUGCAUAUAUAUGUAGAAAUCAGGCUGGUGAUAAUUAAGAUAUCAUACACCCAGACUAUGUAUUUUUCAUUUCAUAAAAGUGAGCGAGCUGGCCAAUUCUCAAUCAAACCGAAUAGUUGUCGUCGAUGCAGCAAUGCGUUUUUCUAAUACUAAUAUAUCUAUCGACAGCUUAGUACGUUAGUAAUUAUUAUGAAUGUAUUUAUGUUUGAAAAUCGCCCGAUCAUUUGUGCAUAAAAUAUUCGUUUUGUUAAGAGUUUAACUAGUGCAGGACUUGAAGAGCAAUCGCUGCUGUUUUUCACACCAUGGACAGAAAUGCAAUACAAACAAAAAGGAAACGGCAAAUACUGAAUGAAACUGAAUGCAUUUCUCUUCAUUUCUAUUACUAAUAAUUUGUUUGGAAUGUACUUUAAGUGAUGAAUUGUUAACAAAGACAAUACUUGGCAAUGGAAAUGCUUCUAUGGAAUAAUAAGUUAUUGGAAGUACCUGAAGAUCCUUUGACGAUCAGAAGCCUGAGAAUAAAAUGAAGACUGCCCCAAUGACUCAGACACAAUUCUGCGUGAGGACCCUAGCCUCCGUCAUACUUUUGUUACUCACCGGAUUAUUGUGCACAGAAGGAAGUCAUUCGUUAUCAAAUAUACAAGGUCAGAGCGAACCUGAUGAAGUGGGACCGCACUUUUUGGCACAACUAACAAAUAUUACCGUACCACAAGGACGUGACAUAUCAUUCACCUGUGUUGUCGACAACCUGGGACAAUAUCGGGUGGCAUGGAUUAAAUCAGAUUCAAAAGCAAUACUUGGUAUACAUACACAUAUGGUAUCCCUAAAUCCAAGAUUAUCAGUGACACACAAUGGACACAACACCUGGAAACUUCACAUAUCCCACGUGCAGCUAAAUGAUUCUGGCAGCUACAUGUGUCAAGUGAAUACAGAUCCCAUGAAAAGUCUGUCUGGCUAUUUAGAUGUCGUUGUUCCACCGGACAUUCUCUACCAUCCCGACGAAAAUAUUGAUGAAGGUGUUAGCACAGAAGGUGGGAGUAUUGCGCUUCAGUGCAGUGCGACAGGUGUACCAGAACCUAUGGUCCAGUGGCGACGCGAAGGCGGAAAGGACAUUAUAAUAAGAUCGGAGAGUAGAGACAAGCAAGCAUUCAAGUCGGUGGAAGGCGAGCGACUGACUCUCACAAAUGUUCACCGUUCCGAUAUGGGCGGCUACCUUUGCAUAGCAUCUAAUGGUGUCCCACCUUCAGUAAGCAAACGUUUUGAUGUUCACGUAAAUUUUCCGCCAACUAUUAAAGCUGUUAAUCAGUUAGUAGGAGCGCCGGUUGAACGAGAAGUUAUAUUGGAAUGCAUAGUGGAAGUUUAUCCGAAGCCGCUUAAUGGCUGGUACCGUAAUGAAGGUAAUGUUAAGCUGCAUAAUAGCAACAAGUACAACAUAUCCGAGGCCAUGAUUAACCUGUACACGUGGCACCUCAAUUUGACGAUACGACACCUGACAAAGGCUGACUUUGGCGCUUACAGCUGUUCCAGUGUGAAUGCCCUUGGGAAGAGUGAGACGCGAAUUCGACUGCAAGAAUUACGAUUACCGCCCAAGUCCACAACGACAGCAACACCUCACGUUUAUACUACGGCCAAGCCGCGUCGGAAGCAGCAGCCGCCCAGCCACAACAAGGGACUGAACGAAGUGGUGCGUGCUAAGGAAACCCAUUUCUCAAAUCAAAUGCAGCAAGAGAACGAUGUAUUCGGCAGCGGGAUUGGUGUGCCCCAGAGCGCCAACGGCGGUGGUGCCGGUGGUAUUGUGGCAAGUGGAAACGUCAACGGCAUGAUAAACGGAGCGGAAGUACAUACGCAACUUCCAGCACGCAACGGAUACGAAAAAACAUAUAAGUCGCCGGGUGCGGUACCGUCACCUAGUCCGCCUUGGAUGUUUCCAAGUGCGGGGUCACAGCUGCUUGGCACAGCCACGAUAACGACUAAUGCCCUGGUGGCUCUUUUUUGCAUAUUGUCCAUGUAUUUAGUUAAGCUCAUUUAAAAUUAUGCUUCCAACGAAAUCCACGCCAGACUGUAACAAGCGGCAUCCAGACAAAAACGCGGCCGCGCAAAGAGACCGUGCCGCAAUACGAACACUGCAGAAUAUUGGCUUUGCAGCAUAAACAGGAGGAGUUCGAGCUGGAUGAUUUCAAAAGGUUUUCAAUUGUCUAGUCAUUUCAUAGCCGGCAAUGGUAAACUUUACUUGCACUAGCACAUUUAUGAACCUAUCUACGUACACAUGUAAGAUUUUAAUAGUGCUAAGUACUAUAUUGCCAAAAUUAAGUAAAGCACAUAACGAACCAAAAAUAGUUCAAUAUAUUCGCAAAAAAAAAA